CAGGUUCAUCAUGAUGAAUGCGAGCUCCAGGUUUUUCUUCAUCGUCUCUUCGCUGCUGCUCAUCGUGUGCGGUGACGGAUCUCCGUUCACCGAUUGCAUUCAGAGCAAAGGGAAGGCGGGUUUUUACGAGGGUUCCAUAGACGUGACCGAAUCCGGUGUGAAAUGCAUGAACUGGAGUGAAGUGCCCGGUGUUAUAGACCGGUAUCAAGGGAAAGGGCUUGGGGAUCACAGUCUCUGCAGAAACCCAGACGGGAGAAUUCGGCCGUGGUGUUUCUUUGCCAACAGCCGUGGACGAAUUGACUGGGGGUACUGCGACUGUAAGCAAGGCUCUAUAAGACUGCACGGAGGCAGAUCGAAGUUGGAUGGUACAGUUGAAUUGUAUCUGAAUGGUGUUUGGGGUACCAUCUGCGGUAAUGGCUGGGAUGACAGAGAUGCUGCUGUGGUGUGUCAACAGCUGAGACAGGGUUAUAGGGGGCAUGCACGUGUGAGUUCUCUGUCACGUCUAGUGGUAUCUGGAGUUCACUGGCAGACUGUAGGCUGUGAGGGACAGGAAGAGGACUUACUGCAGUGUAAUCACUCUAUCUGGAACGGAGGAGAGUGUGUUAACCGCCAGGCAGCUGCUGUCUCUUGCGUUCCAGUAGAAGCCUCAGUGUUUGUCCCUGUUCGUCUCUCUGGUGGUCCAUCGGUGUAUGAGGGGAGAGUAGAGGUGUAUCAUGCAGGACAGUGGGGCACAGUUUGUGAUGACCAGUGGGAUGAUAAUGAUGCUGAGGUGGUAUGCAGGCAGCUGGGGUUAGGAGGCAUUGCUAAGGCUUGGGUAGGAGCAUAUUUUGGUGCAGGCUCAGGCCGUAUUCUGUUGGACGAGGUGAGCUGCACAGGAAAUGAGCUGUCCAUUGAGCAGUGUCCAAACAAAGCCUGGGGAGAACACAACUGUGACCACACAGAGGAUGCUGGAGUGUCUUGUGUCCCACUAACAGAUGGUGCAGUGCGUCUGGUUGGGGGUGUGAAGGGUUUUGAGGGCAGGCUGGAGGUUCAUUAUAGAGGUCAGUGGGGGACCGUGUGUGAUGAUGGCUGGACACAGACCAACACACAGGUUGUCUGCAGGCAGCUGGGCUUUAGGUCAGGGCAGAGUGUGUCACCAGGGCGGUUUGGGACAGCAAUGGGUCCAAUUUUGCUGGAUGAUGUCAAGUGUACAGGAAAAGAGCCCACCAUCACACACUGCAGCCAAAAGAGCUGGCUCAAACACGACUGCACUCACAAUCAAGACAUAGCCAUUGUGUGCAACCCCCAACGCUUCAGACCUGGAGUACCCACCAGUGUGCCUGUGAGGCUGUUGGGCGGGGAGAAUGAGAGAGAGGGGCGUGUCGAGAUCCUAGUGGAUGGCCAAUGGGGGACUGUUUGUGAUGAUGGAUGGACAGAUCGGGACGCAGAGGUGGUGUGCAGACAGCUGGGUUACAGUGGGCUGGCCAAAGCUCGUGUAAUGGCAUAUUUUGGAGAAGGCAAGGGGCCUAUCCACAUUGACAAUAUAAAAUGCACUGGUGGGGAACGCUUCCUGGCUGACUGUAUCAAACAGCCAUUUGGAAAGCACAACUGCCGUCAUAGCGAAGAUGCCGGAGUUAUUUGUAACUAUGGGUUACAGAAGGAUGCCCCUGAUGUCAAAGAGUCAGUGAGCUCCAUGUGUGGUCUAAGGCCCUCUCAUACCCGCCAGAAGAGAAUAAUUGGAGGGGGAAACUCUCUACGUGGUGGCUGGCCAUGGCAGGUAGCAGUGCGCUUGCGGGGAUCUCAGGCAGAUGGACGAUUGGUAUGUGGAGCCACUCUGAUCAACAGCUGCUGGGUUCUCACCUCUGCCCACUGCUUUAAGAGGUAUGGUAACAGCACUGGGCUAUAUAAAGUUCGUGUAGGUGAUUAUCACUCUCUGGUUCCUGAGGCGUAUGAGGAAGAGUAUGCUGUGGAGAAGAUCAUCCUUCACCCACACUACCACGCUGACAGCAAUGACUAUGACCUGGCACUAGUGCGUGUGUCUGGCCACAGAGCUCACUGGGGUCUUGCAGACGAGUGCGUCAGGCUGAGUCGUUUUGUUCUGCCUGCCUGCUUGCCAGUUCGGAAGGAGAGAGUGGCAAAGGGUAUUGGCAACUGCUUCAUCACAGGCUGGGGGGACACGGGUCGUGCAUAUUCAAAAACACUUCAGCAGGCCUCAAUUUCUAUGUUGAGCAAACGUCAGUGUGAGCAACACUAUUCUGAUCAGUUUACCAGUAGAAUGCUGUGUGCUGGCUCCUCCUACGAUGACCACCGUGUGGACAGUUGCCGUGGAGAUAGUGGUGGUCCAUUAGUGUGUGAGAGGGCAAGCGGAAUUUGGGUUGUAUAUGGGGUCACAUCUUGGGGUCAUGCUUGUCGACUGCAAGACGCACCUGGUGUGUACACCAAAGUGUCCAGCUUUGUGCCCUGGAUUAGGAAGGUCAUUGGCCAAUAGUAUUUCAUGAAAACUGCAGUCAACCAAUAAAAGACAUUGUGACAAUGCGGACAAAGGAAUGAUGCGCAUUUAUAAAGUAAGAGCUAAUUAUGUUUCAGAUAAUAGUUUAAAACUCUAGCACACACACAAAACACUAGCAUAAAAUGAAUCUAGUAUUCCAAAUAUGUCUUUUAACAUCAAAGAAAAAGCUGCUUAUUGCCUUGUGUAAUAAUUUGCACCUGGAAUAAAUAGUCAUCACAAAAUUUUAUUUUUGCACCGAAAUGUUUUGUAACAGUUGUAAUGGACCAUUAUUAUAGCGAUGCAUCCAGCAGUCUUAAUUUGGUAUCAUUUUAGGUCUUCAUUCUUUUACUUUGAUUCUUUUUCUUUAUUUUGGUGUCAAAAUUGAAACACUUCUAGGUUGAAGGGACCAUCAUUUUGAGUGUGGAAUUAAUCACUGAGGGCGGUAAUGGAAGUGUGACUAUUUUACUCUAUAAUCCGUGCCAUUAAGCGACAAAAUGGGAUGAGUAAUGUUCGAAUUUCAUGUAUAGAAAUUUGUGAUCAUUCUGAUGGCUUGAAAUCACAUAAAAAAAUUCAGAAGUGGGAAAAUUCUGGAUUUCAUGCCAAGAACUUUGUUUAUUUUACACUCCUGGGAUACGGUUACCAUGGCACUGCUAAGUAACCAACCAUAUCACCUCAUCAUCACAUUAGGUGACAUCAUUACUCCAUCACAUGUACAAUGACAUAAUUCGUUAUAGGUCAGAUGUUCGUGAUGAUAAUUGGACUGGGGCUUGCACAUCUUAAUGUAAAGAAAAAAAGGAUAUCACAUACUAGUCGCAAGUUUGGACACCAGGCAGCGUGGUGGCUCAGUGGUUAUCACUGUUGCAAGAAGGUCCUGUGUUCAAGUCCUGGGGUCUUUCUGUGUGGAGUUUGCAUGUUCUCUCCAUGUUUGCGUGGGUUUGCUCCGGUUUCCCCCACAAGUCCAAAAAACAUGCAGGUUAUGUGAAUUGGCGACUCUAAAUUGCCCUGUGUGAGUGAGAGUCCCCCAGCCACUGGGGUUGCGUCAGGAAGGGCAUCCAGCAUAAAAUUUAAAAAUCAUAUAUAUAUGUGGACUAUCACAAAGUGGACCCUGCACCUACGUGGGACAAAUGCUAGCAAACAGAGAGAAUAAAAGUAAAGCCAUCACAUCUAUGAAAUCCCACAAAUGGAAAUAUACGAAUGUGUAGUGACCACACAUUUUAAACCAAUAAACUUUUUUUUUUAACUUCCUUAAAGUAGCCACCCUUUGCCUAGAUUACAGUUCUGCACAAUCAGGCCAUUUUCUCAACUAGCAUCAUAAUGUGUUUUUAAUCAGUAUUGGAGAUCUCAUGUAUGCUAUGCACUUAGGGGGUUUUCCUUCACUAUAUGGUUUAACCAAUAUGGUUUAAUCAUUUAAGCAUAAGCCUUUAAAUCAAAAGGUUUUAAAUAUAAUACAUUAAAAAAUAAAACAUAUAUUCAGUCAAGCGUGUCCAAACUUUUGACUGGAAUUGUGUUUGCUUAAUAUCUUUACAAUUUUCAGUUCCACACUCUCUUACAGAUGCCAGAGAAUGGAAAUUUGGGAAUUGUGUGCAAUGUAAACUGUUUUACACAUUUAGAUCAUGUUACAAACCUCUUUGUUUUAGAUGAUUAGGAGCAUAUCUUGUCUAAACUAUUAAGGAUUGAAAUUAGACAGUCUGUUUAAGUGUGUCAUUAUUUGGUUGUAAGCAAACAUUGCUAUCAUUUUGCUGAGCUAAUGCUAUAAUUAAUUAUCACAAAUAUGUUUUCUAUGUGUUAUGAUGUUUUUUAGUAUACCUCCAUGAACAUGAAAGUAGUCUUUAGACCAAAUUAUUGUCCCCUUAAAAAAAACAAAACUAUUUUUGAUCUUUGGGAGAGAGAGAAAAAAACAACAACUGACUAAACUGACAAAAUAACGUUGUUAUUUUGCACAAUGUAAGGUGCUGGAGUUUAGCUGCACUGCAAACUUUAGUAUAUUUCAUGUUUUUCUAAUACAUUAAUCAGUCAUGUUCUAAUCUCCUGUUAAUUAACUGUUCAUUGAAAAUAAUAAUAAUAAACAAAUAGUUGUUUGUUCACACAGGGUCAAUAAAUUCAAAAGUUUUUUGGUUGUGUUUAGUAUUGACCCUUGUAUGUUAAUAUAUUUCUGAACUUGGUAUGAUUUUUGCAUAAAAAUCGUUUGUAACGUCCUGUGGCAUGUGAUGCACUAUUCAUGAGGGCUGAAGUGUCAUUAGCAAACAAAAAUGGAAAAUGUUUGGAAAAAAGAUGUACAAUUGUCUUGUUGC